GCCUCGGGGCGGACGCCAGUCCCCCCGCGGCGACGCUGGGUCCCGCCCUCAUCACUCAGACAUCACGACGUGCCCGACGGAGAUGCCAAGUACGACAUCAUAUUCCGCAAGGUUCGUGGUAUUCUCAACAAGCUCACGCCGGAGAAAUUUCAAAAGCUGAGCGAUGAUCUCCUCGGGCUCGAAUUGGACUCCGACAGGGUCCUCAAGGGCGUCAUCCUUCUCAUUUUUGAGAAAGCCCUGGACGAGCCUAAGUACUCGUCGAUGUACGCACAGCUCUGCAAGCGGCUCAGCGAAGAGGCUCCCAACUUCGAGCCGCCGGGUCAGCCGUGCACAUUUAAGCUUUUGUUGCUUAACAAAUGUCGCACUGAAUUUGAAAAUCGGACGCAGGCGUUCGCCGCUUUCGAGGAUAAAACGUUAUCGCCGGAAGAGGAAGAAAAGAGACACCUCGCCAAAUGCAAGAUGCUCGGCAACAUAAAGUUCAUCGGAGAGCUGGGCAAGCUCGAAAUCUUGUCCGAGUCGAUAUUGCAUCGAUGCAUUCAGAAUCUGCUGGCGCGCCGCGCUGCCGCCGAACAUCAGGAGGACUUGGAGUGUCUGGCGCAGCUCGUGCGUACGUGCGGCCGCGUCCUGGAUUCGGAGCGCGGCCGCGGCCUCAUGGAGCAGUACUUCGCGCGCAUCGAAACGCUCUCCCAGUCCAAGGAGCUGGCUCCGCGCAUCCGCUUCAUGCUGCGCGAUGUCGCCGAGCUGCGGCGCGGCGGCUGGGUGCCCCGCGCGGCGGCGGCCGGGGAGGCGCCCGUGCCGAUGGCGCAGCUGCGAGACGAAGAGCUGCCCCGGCGCGAGCCCCUGUUCCGGCGCGCUCGGCCGCUGGACGAGGUGCUGGCCCAGCUGCACCUGCCGGGCGCCGCGCCGGACGCGCUGGCUUUCCGGCGCUCUUCGCACUUGCACCUGUCGACGCCGCACAAGACGCCGCCCCCCGCCGCGCACAAGGAGUCCCGCCCGAAGGCUCGGCCGGCGCUGCACACGCACUUGGCCGACCUGCAGAUGCGCCCGGCCGCCAACUCGCUCAUGUUCACCGCCAACAAGCUGUCCAAGCCGGCGGGCCCGCAGCACCACGCGCCGCUGCCUCCCGUGCCGCAGAACGCGCUGUCGCCCUCGUUCGUGAGCUCCGCGCCGCGCUACAAGGAGCCCGCCAUCACAAUCAAACCGGCGCCGGAUAAAAAAGAGAAACCUAAAAAGGACAAGGGCGUGAGCAAGGAGGAGGCGUGCAAGCUGGCGGCGGAGGCGGUGGAGGCCGUGGCCGCGGACGGCGAGGACGGCGAGCUGGGGCUGGCCGCGCUGCGCCGCCUCGACGACGUGCCGGAGAAGGUGCUGCGGAGGGCGCUCGCCGGCGCGCUGGAGGCCGCGCUCUGCGCCGAGCCGGGCCGCGAGCUGGCCGCCGUGCUGGUCGUGCGCCGGGCCCGCCGCGCGCCGCACUCCGACGCCCUGCGCGCGCUGCUGCCCCAGCACCACCCGCGCCUGCCGCUGCUGCUCGCGCACGCGCUCACGCAGAAAUUGGUCACCUUGAGCGAGAUCGGGUCGUGGUGCGAAAGCGAACAACACCACCCGCUGCUGCUCGAGGUGCUGCAGGAAGUCCGCGAGCUGGUGGGCCUCGAGCGGCUGCGGCAGCUCUGUGCCGAGAGCAAGCUGAACCUGUGCGCGCACGCCGGCGUCGGGGCGGACGGCGCGCUGGAGGCGCUGGAGGCCCGCGGGCUGGCCGGCCUGGUGCCGCAGCUGCAGGUGCGCGCGGCGCUGGCCCGCCAGCUGGCCGCCGAGCCCGCGCCGCAGCCGCUGUACCGCUGGAUCAAGGCCAACGUGGAGGCGGCCGUGCGCCACACCGGCGGCUUCGUGUCGGCGCUGGUGGGCCUGCUGGCCGAGCACGUGACGGCGGGCGCAGACUCCGCGGCCGCCGCGCCCGACAAGGCGGCGCUGGAGCGCGAGAAGGCGCUGCUGGAGCCCUACGCGCCGCUGCUGCGCGCGCUGCUGGACGCCCGCCUGGACCUGCAGCUGGCCGCCGUGUACGCCGUGCAGGUGCACGCCCACGCCCACCACUACCCCAAGGGCAUGCUGCUGCGCUGGUUCAUGUACCUGUACAACAUGGAGGUGUGCGAGGAGGAAGCGUUUCUGCGCUGGAGAGAAGACGUCACCGACGCGUACCCGGGGAAGGGAGAGGCUCUGUUCCAGGUGAACACGUGGCUGACGUGGCUGCAGGCGCAGGAGUCGGAGGAGGAGGAGGCGGACGAGUAGCGACCGGCCGCGACUGCCGCUUUUGUUUCGCGCUCAUCUCAUUAUAU